AUGCUGAGUUUAACAAUACAAAGAGCAGAUGAAGCUUGUUACAGCUGCAGAGCCUCAAACCUCAUUGGUGGAGGGGAUGAGAGUCAACCAGUGUGCAUACAGGUACUGUACCCGCCCACUGAACCUAAACUGUCUAUGAGUUCUGAGGUCACAGAAGGUCGGACCAUCACCAUCAGCUGCACUGUUGAAAGUUUCCCACAGUCAACUCUCACCUUGAUGAGGACCAACACAUAUUAUCUGUAUUCACGACCCAUCAACACUCUCCCCCACAAGAUUACUGUGAGUUCAGCUGACGCUGGCUGGUACUUCUGCCGAGCCGAGAACACUGAGGGCUCAAAGGACAGCGAGAAGAAGAAGUUGGUGGUGAAAUACAGUCCCAAACAUGUGACAGUUCAAGCCAAUCCUGGUUUUGAUGUGAAGGAAAAUGUUUCAUUGACACUGAGCUGUUCUGCCGAGUCCAACCCACCAGUGAGCUCUGUCACCUGGAGGAUGACGACUGAUGGGAGAGAGGAAAUCAUCCAACAGACUCAGACUCAGACCUUCAGGGUGAAUUCAGCCAGUCCCUCUGACAGUGGACUGUACAGCUGUGAAGCCACCAAUGACAUUGGAAGUGGAAAGUCACAGCCAGCUGAGGUUAAAGUCAGAUUUUCUCCAAAACACACAAACAUCACAGAGUCGGCAGAGAAGCAGGAGCCUGAUGGGAGGAGCUCCGUGAUGCUGAGCUGCUUCAGUCACAGCUUUCCCCCAGUCCAACACUACUCAUGGUACAGGAAGAGUCAGGGCGAGGAAAAGAAUGAAAUUGUGUCAGAGCAUCAAAACCACACAGUGUACUCAAACCAGUCAGGAGUCUACUACUGCGUCGCACAAAAUGAAAUAAAUCAAAGUUCGUCUGAUCCCGUCCAUCUGUUUGAACGAGACUCUCUGGACAUCCUGAUGUUCAUCGUUCCUGCUCUAUUUAUCCUGAUGAUUAUCAUUAUAUUCGUCGUAGUUUUAAGAUACAGGAGGAAAAAAUCUAUUCAACAAGGAUCAACAAAUACAAAAUCCCCUUCUGGUUUUUCGGGUCGGUGUAAUGGUACCAGGAGGAGUAGUCUGACGUAUGAGAAUGUCUCUGCGGAGCCUUUCAGGAGCAGAGACGACCUCUUUUCAGAGCAGUUGAGGCGUCCAGAGGCCCAACGACGCCAGCCUCUUCCAGACAGCACGCCACCGACCGACAUCAACGCUGUUUACAGCCUUUUGAGUCUUCCCCAGGCUGCCUCCGCACAAAACCCCACAAGACAGAAAGCUGGAAACACCAAGGACGAUUCUGCCAACUACGCUUCUGUGGACUUUAAGAAUAAGCUAAACAAACAAAGGUGGAAGAAGACUGUGUAUGCGAAGGUGUCCAAGCCAACAAGAGUUAAAAAGAAUGAACCAGAGAGCCUGCAGGACUAUGAAAACAUUAGUAAUGCAACUGCACGUGCACCAAAAUAUCCAAAUCUAUUUGACGACCACACCAGUGAAGGUGAAGUAGAGCUCAACUAUUCACAGGUGAGAUUCACAGCGAAGCCCCAACGUCAGACGACCAACAGAGACUCCAGCAGCUCAGAAGAAGAUGAGAGUCUUUACUCUAACAUUAGGAUUUGACCCGAGAUGUCCUCGUCCUGCUUUUAACAGCUACCUCAGGCCUGAGGAAGUUUAUAGAGAGUCUGAAGAGUUCAUGUGUUAAGCAAAAUAUGUCGUAAUCAUAAAUCUACAGUAAUGUAAGCUGGUCAACAAACCUUAUGCAGCUCCAACAAAACCGUGUGUGUUGCCAUUAGGAGUAUUUUAAAACUAGUUAGCAAGAAGGCACAGAAGUUACAUUACCUAGAUAAAAAGGAUAAAUAUUUAAAACUGUUAAUUAAAAGUUUUGGGGAAAAUAGUGAACUCAGCAAAAUGUGAGGAAUAAACAGUUGAAAUCCUUAUUUUGCAACUUAAAAUGCAAAUAAUGUGAGUGUAAAAUGAUUGUUUUAAUACAUUUUGAUAUAAUCUAUAUAUAUAUAAAUGACAUGCAGUAAGACAAGACAUGCUGAGAAUCACUGCCGCAUGUUUUUUUUGUGCUUUCCAGUGUUGUUAACUUAAGCCAAACCCACACACCUGAAAUGUAAAUAUCCUGUAGCUCAAAAUAAAAUGAAAUAUGU